AUGGCCUCUCGCACCACUAAUACUCAACAGAGCAGGGGAAACCAGGAAGAACUUCACCGAAUACACCUCCUGUGCGACUCUGGCCCCGAGUGUCUGCACGUGGGCGGUGCGGGCGCCCCGCUGAGGGUCGGCUCCGGCUGCUUCUCUCUCCAGGCCCUCCUGGAGCUGGAGAUGAACUCCGACCUCAAAGCCCAGCUGAGAGAGCUGAACAUCACGGCGGCCAAGGAGAUCGAAGUUGGCGGUGGUCGGAAAGCUAUCAUCAUCUUUGUUCCCGUUCCUCAACUGAAGUCUUUCCAGAAAAUCCAAGUCCGGCUCGUGCGUGAGCUGGAGAAAAAGUUCAGUGGGAAGCACGUGGUCUUUAUUGCUCAGAGGAGAAUUCUGCCUAAGCCAACUCGAAAAAGCCGUACAAAAAACAAGCAAAAGCGUCCCAGAAGCCGCACAUUGACUGCCGUGCACGACGCGAUCCUGGAGGACUUGGUUUUCCCGAGCGAGAUUGUGGGCAAGAGAAUCCGUGUGAAACUGGACGGCAGCCGGCUCAUAAAGGUUCAUUUGGAUAAAGCACAGCAGAACAACGUGGAACACAAGGUGGAAACCUUCUCGGGCGUCUAUAAGAAGCUCACGGGCAAGGAUGUUAACUUUGAGUUCCCGGAGUUUCAGUUGUAGACAAAAUGAUUAAAUAAAACAUUCACAGUAUUCU